AUGGAUGAACUUAAAGGAAAGAAUAAAGCUACUGCUCAUGAUAUUCGAGUUUUUACAACGCAAGAAAUGACAUUAGCCAGUAAUCUACGUUCAAUCACAGAUACAUUUCGACAACAAGCAAAUCGUUUUCGUCAACGACUAUAUUGUUUUUUUAUUAAAACAACUCGUCUUGACAAAGGAAGAGAUGUUGUAUUGAUAAACAAGAGCAAAUAUUUAUUAAAAAUAUUAUUUAAAGAAAAAUCCAUAACCGAACAAUUUUACAAAAUGGCUUUUCCUGAAAGUUCAAAUCCAGGUCGACUAUAUGGAUUACCUAAAGUUCACAAGAACAAUAUUUCAUUAUGA